AUGCUAUACAUUAGCACCGUUCUAUUACUAUUGUCCCACAGCCUUGUGGGAGCAUUGCCUCACAAUGAAAGAUCCAACCAUGAGCAAACCUCCUUGGACUGGAAGCCUUGCGAUAUCGACUUCCCCAAAACAACAAAGGAAUUGAUCACAACGCCGAUCGACUGCGCGAAACUCGAGGUGCCGUUGGACUAUACGAAUCCUAAAUCUGGGAAGACCAUUGAACUGCAACUGGUGAAGGUCAACGCCACAAAGCAACCGGCUAAGGCGAGCAUUAUUUUCAAUCCCGGUGGGCCUGGGGGCUCGGGAGUAGAGGAGGUUGCAACGAAAGGCCCCAUGUACAGGGAAGUCUUUGGCGGACAUUACAACGUGAUUGGAUUUGAUCCUCGUGGUACUGGAAAAACGCUCCCAUUUGCCUGUGACUUCAACACCGCAAAGGCAAACAAAACGAAGAAGCAGCCUCGUGAUUUGAUUAACACAACUCUACCACAAGCCGACCUCUGGGGUCUUCUAAACUUCAAGGCAUGGGGCGACGGCGGCUGGUUUGCCGACGCCUGCUACGAGAGUCAAAAAGAAACCGGACAAUACCUGAGUACAACGUUUACGGCACGCGACUUGCUUCGCAUCGUCGAUGCUCUCAACGAGGACGGCCAACUGCGCUUCUGGGGCCGUUCGUACAGCACCACCCUCGGACAGACGUUCGCAGCCAUGUUUCCCGAUCGAAUCGGCCGCAUGCUUCUCGAUAGCGUACAGGACGCUCGAGACUACCACAGCGGUCAAUGGCUCGACGCUACCCGGAAAACUGAUAUCCCACUUCUCAACUUCUUCACGGAGUGCAUCAAAGGCGGACCGUCCCUGUGCCCGUUCGCCAACUUCUCCGGACCAAAGACAACCCCAGAGGAUCUAAUGGUCGAAAUCAGCAAAGUCUUCCAAGAACUCGUCGACAACCCCGUCUACCUCCACGAGGACUACCACUCCCCGUUCUUGCAACCCUGGUGGAGACCGGGCCCGCGUCCCUUACUCCCCGAACUCAAAUACUACUUCUUCAACUAUCUCUACCAACCCGCCUCCUUCCCCCAACUCAUGUUCACCGCAUCCGCCGCAUUCGCUCGCAACUGGACCAGCUGGACAUCGCCGACGCCCGAAAUACCCACUCCGCCGAAAUACAGCGAGGGGACUCAGGCGUUCCACGGCAUCGCAUGCUCAGAGCUGGCCAUCCGCGCGAAGUCCCCUAACGAUCUAUACUCGCUUGUCCAGGCGGAGCUGGAAACCGGCGACUUCUCCGACGCGUUCAUGCCUCAGCUCUGGCCGUGCUAUCAAUGGAAGAUCGACGCUGUCGAGCGGUUCCAGGGAGACUUCAAGAAUAUCAAUACCAGUUACCCGGUGAUGUUUGUUAAUGGUGCAUAUGAUCCCAUCACGCCGUUGAGCGGGGCCUGGAGGGCGGCGUCUGCGUUCAAGGAUGGUCGGUUGUUGGUUCAUAAGGGACAUGGGCAUGGUGUUAUGAACCAUCCUUCAGAGUGCACGAUCAGGGCUAUUGGUGAAUAUUUCGAUAAUGGGACGUUGCCUGAGCAAGGGACUGUUUGUGAUCCGAUUCAACCAGCUUAUAGGCUUUGGGAGGAUGCGCAGAAGAAAUUGGAGGAAACGCUGGCGAAUGCGAAUGUUACCGUUUAG